CCCUUUUCUUUCGGGGAGAGCUGAUAUCUCUGGCGGUUUGCCGCAUGGAAGUCGCCCAGGCAAGGCAGAAUAUCAUCUCUCUGAUCCGGACGUCUCCUCUCCAGUCGCCUACCGCUGCAAGAGCAGACACGUCAUACUCCACAUUUACCAGGAUUCAACGGGAUACAACGGCAUUUUAUCUGGUAGCUGACUCUCGGGAGAGUGUAGAUCCCGGCUUCAUUCCAGUAGAGGGGGAAAUAUUUCUUACUCAGAUGUAACAAAUAAAAAAAAAAACAAAGAAAGAAAGAAAGAAAGAAAGACACACCGGAUCGUCAAGUGCGCAAAGAAGCCGCAGCUUGAAACAUUACGCACGGCUAAUUCUGAUCUCUCUGUGUGUUCAAUUUCUGUUCCUUCCGUCCCCUGUACGGACAAACCGGGGACCGGAGGUGGUGGCGGGGGACUUCCAUGCUAUGGAGUCCUGAUUUUUACCAAGCGACCCACCGGGAGGCUUGAAACUGAGAAAAUCCCUCGUGCUGGAAUAUUAAGAACCUAACCCCAACAAUAAUCCGAGGGAUGCUGCAGCAGAGUUUGGGACUCUAGAGAGCAUCCCAACUUUUUCCCCCCGGUUUCCGUUUUUAAUCUCUUCCCCUCUUAUCUUCUCCGCCUGUGGGACUUCUAUUUUCGUGACUGAUUUGCAGCUCUUCACACUCUGUCAUGGACCGGUCGACGUCUUUGGAUAUAGAGGCUCUCAAGAUGACCCAGGAGCAGUACAUCCUUGCAGCCCAGCCAAACCCCCUCCACCAGCGUGGAGCAUCAGUGUGCGGAGCCCAGGUUUACCCAGCAGUGGGAAUCUACGGCUGGAGGAAGAGAUGCUUGUACUUCUUCAUCCUCCUCCUCCUCGUCACCAUGAUAGUCAACCUGGCGCUGACCAUCUGGAUCCUCAAAGUCAUGAACUUCACUCCGGAUGGUAUGGGGAAUCUGCGAGUGACAAAGGAAGGAGUCAGACUGGAGGGAGUGUCAGAAUUCUUAUUGCCUUUAUACGUCAAAGAGAUCCAGUCUCGUAGGGACAGUCCACUGAUCCUGCAGUCUGACAGAAACGUGACCGUCAAUGCUAGGAAUGAUCAGGGACAACUGACCGGUCAGCUAACCGUGGGUUCAGAAAUGGUGGAGGCUCAGUGUCAGAGGUUUGAGGUGAGGAGUGCUGAUGGAGAGAGAGUUCUGUUCUCUGCAGAUGAAGAGGAGAUCAGCAUUGGCACUGAGAAACUCAAAGUUACAGGGAAUGAAGGGGUGGUCUUCAGCCAUUCUGUGGAGACAUCGCAUGUAAGGGCUGAACCCUUCCAGGACCUCAAGCUGGAAUCUCCGACUCGGACCCUGACCUUGGAGGCUCCCAGAGGGGUGGAGAUCAAUGCUGGAGUAGGAGAUUUCACAGCGUCUUGUAGGAAAGACCUCCUCCUGCGGUCCUCGGAAGGAGAGAUCUUUCUAGAUGCCAACACUAUCAGGCUGGGCAACAUUCCCCUGGGUAGUGCUGUGGACCCCCUGGAGGGGGCGCCUGCAGGUACCACCUACACCAAACAGACUGUGUAUGAGCUGUGUGCCUGUGCUAAUGGCAAGCUCUACCUGUCCCCAGCCGAGAAAGGCUCUACCUGCCAAACCACUAGUAACUUCUGCCUCUGGAGCUGAAAGUGGGAGCUUGACAGGCACACGGAACAUAUGGACCAUAGAGUUUGAAGCUAAUGCUAGCCAACAUACUGAAUCAACAUGGAUGACGGCUUGGUGGGAAGCUGAUGCCAGCUAACAGACCGAUCAACAUGGAUUGUAGCAUGGUGAAUAGUUCCUGUCAGUUCACCAAUCAAAUAAUAAGGAUUAAAGCUUGGCGGGAAGCAAACGGUUGCUAACAGACCAAAUCAGCAUGGAUUAUGUUGAGAAGCUGAUGUCAGCUAACGGACUGAAAUACAUGUUCAAGAACUUGUGAGAGGCUAUUGCCUGCUCAUCGACCAAAUUAAUUAAUGGAUUGGUCUGCGGCCAGUACUAGUCAAGAGGAUGGAUGACUUAGCCAACACAGUGGCUGCUAGGUUUGAUGCUAAGACCACACACGGACGUGGAUGGCAGUCUCAAUCUGGCUCUUGCUGGCUGCCUUUCCCACUUUUUAAUUGCUACCAUGAUGGUGUCUGAAAGUCACAAUGAUAACUCUUGGGAAUUGCUUGAGAUCAGCAAACUGUGUGUUCACAGUAUGGCCAACAUGUCCAGGAACACUUUUUUUUUUUUUUUUUUUUUUUUUUUUUUUAGGAUAAACCAUGGUGAUGGACUGCAAACUCCUGCAGGGACAUGGACAAGGACUCCUGGUUAGCCUAUCAGUUGACUAACUGAAUCAGUGAGGACAUUGGUUUACCCCAAGGGGUAGCUAGAAAUACAACAGACAUGUCUUAUGGGAAGCUAAGGCUAGCUAAUGGACCAAUCUAUACCAGAAAGGCCUUCCCCCUCCGCCCCUCCAGUUUUUCAGCCCUUCUGCAUUAAUCUGUACCGGAUAGUUACAAAGUUCUCCCAUGCCACUUUUCGUAGGAUAUCUAAUGCAAAUAACUGUGCGUCGACCUUGCAUACACUUUCUCUUUUUCCCUCAUAUAUUUUCUUGCUUUCGUUUAGUUCCCUUCUCUUGAGAUCAAAUCUUUUCCUUAUCCCACUGUAUCCUGUUUUUUUCCCCUUCAGUGUCCCUGGCUCCUUUAUCUUACCAUAUUUAGAUGCUGCUCUCCUUUAUCUUUGUCCAUACUGAUUUUUUUCUCUCUAUUCACCUGCUUGCAAUGGACUGGUUAGGGAAAGGUCCUUGUGCCUAUCAAUUUUCUUACCACAGUGUUGCUCAUAAAAGAAAAAAAAAAUACCCAUCAUUCUAUCUGUUUUAAAAAAAUAACAUUUACUGGCCAUUAUGGCUUUAACAGGUGCAUGAUUCCCCACAUCAGCCUCUCAGGAGUGGAUGUAUGAAUAUACAGAAAGCCAGUGGAAUAUUAAAAACAAGGUAGAAGUGAAUUAUAAGUGCUGCUCAAUUGGGUGCUAUAGCAGACAGACCAUUUUACGGAAUGAGGCCAAACCUCCAGUCAGACAGCAGUCGGCUGACAGCCAGACCAAUUUUAGUCUUGUUAUGGCGUAUUAUACAUCUUCAUCCUGUGUUCCUUCUCUGUCAAACACGUUUUUCCAUCCUUUUCAGCAUGACCUUUCAGCUCUUCUUGCCAAGCAUUUGCUCAUCGUUUUCAGUCUUUGUGCUCACUCUCACUUUAAUUCGUUCCUUAGCAUCUAUUUCCGAGCAGCGCCCCCUUUUCCCAUUAUCGUACCUUCUUAUGUCAUCUUUAUUCUCACCGACAUCUCUCACCAAACUAGACAUCUUCGUAGUGUUACCAUGUCCUUUUUGUAAUUUUCUCCCUGUUUAUUUUCCACUAGCCAUUCUAAACUCCCAGGCUCAUAUAUAACAUAUAAUCUAACAAUAAAAGUCCAAAAUAUAUAUUUUUUAUAUAUAUUCAAUCAGUCUCAGAAGGGGAUUGGUGUGAAUUGCCUUGAGCUGGCUAACCUAGCACCCAAUCUCUGCAAUGGCUGAAAAACAAUGGAAAUUAAAAUAUCUGUGUGGUACAAAUCUCAUCUACAAAUGAAUGGAUUUGUUUGUAUGUGAUUGGACUCAACCGGAAUAAGGCCCUGAGGCAUAUACGUUCUUUUUUAAAACAAAGCGAUACACAGGUGCCUUUGCUACUGUUGGUAAAAGCACAUCACAGUCUGAACAUUCACACUACCCUCAGUGGACCAUCUGCAAGUGUCUCUGAACUAUCUGUUUAUCAAUCUACCUAUCUCUCUGUUUAGUUUUAUGGCUCCCCCACCCCUCUCUCUCCUGGUUUUGUAGAACUCUCAGUAUAUCCCACUGAAAAAAGAACAGUUCAAUUAAGGUUUAAUUUACCGAUGUGUUCCCUUAUGGUUUUAUUCUUGAUAAUAAAAAAGCACAAAUUAUGCCAUGUAUAUAACAGUACCAAUAAAAUAAAAAAAUAAAAUAAUAUUGUUUUUAAA